CUGGUUUGGCUCGGUGAAGAAUAUGUGAUUGUGUUAGGGUUGAAAUGAAGGGGCAAAGGAGAGACGGAUAGCCCGUUCUUGACGGGGGUGGUGAUGGUGGUUUACCGGAUGUGGUCCGUGGCGUGGGAUGCAUCGGAUGCACCUAAAUACCGCACGGGCUGGUAUCAGUGGAUGUUCUGAACAGUCCGGAGGACGGAAGGCUUUUUUACGUUCAGCUUUGUCCCUCAAACUAACGUUACCACCCAGGCAGAUGAAGAGCGGGUUGAGGACGGGGGUUUCGGUGUGGUGUUUUGCAGGACUCUUUCCGCUUCUCCUUGGAGUUCAAGAAUCUCCCCGAGUCCCUAAUUCCCGGAUGUUGUUGCGUCUGCCUGAUAGGACGUGGAGGUGUUGGGGAGGGAUUUACGGCUGAAUGUCUGGAGAUUUUAGCAUUAGAUGUCAGCGAAUAUUGAACAGUUCACCCGCCUCCGUGGGAGA